ACUUGAACGACCAAUUUUCACUACUGUUUCGAGUACACACAGAAAUCAAAAAUCAAUCAGAAACAUGGUAGUCCCAGGCCGGCGAUCACGCCCGAACAUGCGGGUCCCCGCGCCAACCGACAACGAUCAAGAUGCCGAUAAUAAUAAUCAUGCUGUGUCGGAGAAGCCAUCAGACACCACUCCUGCGGUUCCACGAGAAACAAUCAUCAAACUCAUCGCCUUCAGCCUGGCCAUGAUUGGCGCGCCGCUCGGUACAUACUUUCUAAGUGUCAACACUAUCUUCAGAGGGAACACAACUUUUGCUGGGGCUUCGGCUGCUGUUGUGGCGAAUGUGGUUCUGAUUGCAUACAUCAUCGUCGCAUGGCAAGAAGACCAGGAAGAUCAAGCGAAGAGGAAGGAGAAGAAGGGCCAGUAGAGGCUUAUGCAGAGAGCGAGACUUGUGUA